AUGUAUAUCAACCGGUCGGGUAUCGAGCCGCCAAUCUGCGUAUACUUUAUCCUGUUAUUCCUGAUCCUUCUGUCGAUCAGCGUUCAGCGAAUCGAAGGUAAGUCACUCGGAUUCGUUCCGACGUAUCGUGAACGUCGCUGUCGACUUUUUACGCCACGUAAUACCACGCCAAUUGCAUGACAUACUCAACGUGCACACACACACACACACACACACAUAUUUUCCGCGACUCAUUACGGAUAUACAGCGUUGAUAGGCUGCACUAUAUAUAUAUAUAUAUAUAUAUCUGUAAUGAGUCGCGGAAAAAGGACAGAGCGACGCGUCGCGAAAUACACGGGACGAGCAGAUUUAUGGCGCGGAUACGUGCCACGGCAACUCGUUCGCGUCAAAUGCCAAGAUAUUUGUCGAUAUUCGCAGGUAGGAGAUGCGUGUGCACGAGCAAGGCCUGCAAGGAAGCCGGCGUCGACACGUGCAGAACGAAAUUUUACUGUUACACCGAGCUGAUCUUGACUGGGAAGCAAGAAUUCGGGGCGAACACUACGACGAGAGGGUGCACGAAGGGUGCCACGCCAUUGUUGUGCGAGACAAAGUCCUGGGUCACGAGGUCGAAGUCGAGCGACAACGUGGACCGAUCGUCGGCUGCCUGGAUCCGUAUGCCCUGGCCCAGAUUGAAGUGUUGCGACAGCCACGACUACUGUAAUGCCGAUCGCCAUGCAAACGCGUCCACGUGGAUUGGCGACAACCAGAGGCCCGAUCCUCAGGGACACGCUUUAAACUACACCGGUUCCUUCAAUGGGAUGUCGUCGAGCCGAGACGUAAUGGGAUUGAUUCAACCGGAUGCAGGUCCGAUUGCCGGAGGUCGAGAAUCGCCGGAUCAAUUCCUCGAGAAUCGCGUGAAGCCGCUGCACGUCGCCGCGCUGGUCUUGGCGAUCGCUGCACUGAUAUCGGUCCUGGCGGCUUGCUACGUUAUUACAAGGUCUGGAAAUGUUUAUCAUUACGCUCCUACCGUGAUGUCUCUCGCCGGAGAAUCGCGGAAAAAGCUGCCUUCGCGCGCGCGCAAGAGAGAGAGAGAGAGAGAGAGGUGUCGGAUCUCACGUAACGAAAAUUUUUAUCAUCUCCGCGAAGGCAACGUGCAUCGAUAA